AGCUGGUGCGAGAGACCACGGCCGGGCACCUGGCCUUGCUGGUGGCCAAGAAUGUUGCCAUGUUCCCGGGCAACCAGGAGCGGUUCUCGGAGGGUCACAUUGACGUCUGGGGGAUUGUCCAUGACGGGGGGGAGGUCAUGGCGCUGGCCUUUCUGCUGCCCUUCCUCCUGCGGCACCACAAGGUCUGGCGCAAGUGCAAGAUGCGUAUCUUCACGGUGGCACAGAUGGAUGACAACAGCAUCCAGAUGAAGAAGGACCUGACCACGUUCCUGUACCACCUGCGCAUCACUGCGGAGGUGGAGGUGGUGGAGAUGCACGAGAGCGACAUCUCUGCCUACACUUACGAGAAGACUCUAGUGAUGGAGCAGCGCUCCCAGAUCCUCAAGCAAAUGCACCUCACCAAGAAUGAGCGGGAGCGGGAGAUCCAGAGCAUCACAGAUGAGUCCCGUGGCUCCAUCCGGCGCAAGAACCCGGCCAACACGCGCCUGCGCCUGAAU